CAGGAAGGGUGCUCCAGACCUACGUGCUCCCCAGGUCACAUCACCACCUCCUUCACUGCAGUGCUGGGAACGUCUAGGAGAGAAAACAGCUCUGGUCGAGGCGAGUAUCAUAAUCCCCCCACACCUGAGGGCAAAGAAACUCACCAUGUCCCCAGUGAGCUGGCCCAGCCCCAACAGGGCAAGGGCAAAGUGGAUGCAGUUACAGGUGACAGCAUCAUAGUCCAGCACCAUGUCCAUGGCUGCCCGGAUCCGCCACUGCAGGGCAGCCGCAUCCAGUCCCCCCUUCAUCCGCAGCACCUUGGCGGGGCCUCGUGUCCUCAGGAGGUGGCUCUUACCGUGCUUGGCCACAAUCCCUGUUGGGGAUGUUCCUGAGGUGCCUGUGGUGUAGAGGAGAUGGCAUUCAAUGAAGGUUGAGGGUGAGAAGGAGGAGCUGGGUCCCCAAAUAGGGUAGAGGUGUCCAAAUAGGUUUGAAGUGUUCAAGGAGUGUUGGGGUCAUCAAGAAGGUUAGGGAGUUGGAAUCACCGGAAGUGUUGGGUCCCCAAAUAGGGUUGAGGUGCCCAAAAAGAGUUGGGGUCAUCCCUUGAUGAGUUCCCAGUAACCUGGGGUAUUUGUUUCCCGAAUUGAGUUGAGAUCCCCAAGGAAGACAGGUUAUCAAGGAGGUUUGGGGGUGACUUGAGGUGUUGGAUCCCCAAAUAGGGUCAGGGUGCCCAAGGAGCGUUGUGGUCCCCAAGCAUGAGCUGCUUUGCCUCAUGUCCCCUGUGUGGAGUUUCCUCCCACUGCUCACCUUCCAGGUGGAUGAUCUCCCCAUCACCGCAAUAGACACCAGCGUGGGCACCCCACCAGCCGGGUCCCCUCGAUGCCAGUGGGAAGAGGAAGAGGUCCCCAGGCUGGGGCUCAGCCGCCCCGUUGGGCACCACAUCAAAGUGCCGACCCAGCAGCCCCUCACAGAGGAAGAAUGCCGCUGUGCUUGCCGCUCCUGCCACUGCCUGGGGACACCACCACAUGUCACCUCCAGCCAGGUGCCACCCCACAGGUUUGUGCCUGUCCUGCAGAGGUUUGGAUCUCCAUGGACCAGGGAAGAGAUCUGGGAGGUCAUCUCCAAUCAACUCAGGUGGACAGCUUGAGUCCAGAGCAACCAUGGGCACUGAGCAAAAGCAGGUUUGCCCUAUAGGUGGUAGGAUGGGUAGUGUGAGGUGCAGCUGUGGAUGCUGGCACUUACCUGCUUGGAGCUGCUCACCUGGAAGGACAAACACCCAUUGGUCACGCUGGUGGAACUGGGACCCACCUCACCCCAGGCCCCAGCUGCAGACAAUUUUGGGGCAGCGUCACCAAGGUGUGUCCCUUGGUGUCACCUGUGCUGCCUUGAUCUGUUCCAUCCAAACCUGCCACAGCCAGGAGCGCAGCCAGUACCGGAGCUGGAGGAAUGGUUGGACCUUGUCCUGCAGGGUCAGCAGCAAGGAGCUCACCUGGGGGUCAGUGAAGCCAGAACCAGCCUGGUGGCACCCACACCUGCUGUCACCCACCCUGGUGGCACCCACUUCACCCCCAACACCCUCUCCAUUCACCCACGUCCCCUUUCCCUCACACUCAGCACAAAAAAUGCAGGUGCCACGACCCCAGGGUGGAAAAAGAGGAAGGGGGUAGGAUGGCCUCCCUGGUGGCUCCCCAGCUACCUGCUCCAGGAGGUCCAUCUGGAAGGAAAGACAUGGCAUCCACAGAGCUGUGCCACCCUGGCUUGGGGAUCUCGGUGUCCCCAAGUCCUUGGCAGGAUCACAUCACCAAACACCAAGCUAUGGCCUCAGUCACCACACUAUCCCUGAGGACAUGCCUGAGCACUCCACCCUCACCUUAGAGACUCCUUCAAUGUCCCCUUGUUGUGCUGUGAUCCCCAGGCUGCAGGACCCCAAGUCGCUGGCAGUGCCAGCACCCAGGAAUGUGCCCAGACUGUCCUGACCGGCCCCACCGCUGCCACUGAGCCCGCCCUGUCCAGGUGACAUGGGGCCCUCCCAGGGGGAACAGUCUCCACCUGCUGGGACAUUUCCUCCAGUAACCCCUUGAUGACAAAAAGGUUGUCACAAAGCGCACAAUGGACCUGAGCCUGUGACCACCAGGAUGGUGCCACCUCCGCUAUCACAGGGCUGUGCCUCUGGAACGGCCACCGGGAUGUCCCCGGGAAGAUGCUUGCCCUUGAGGGUGGGUUUCAUGGCCAGGUCAGCCCUGGAGCCCCAUUAAAGUUUCAUCUGGGGUCAGCAGAGGCUUUGGCAGGGCAUGGAGCAGGUGACCUGGGAGCUGUCACCACCCGCUGCCCGCAGCCACUCGGCAUCAUUUGUCACAGCGGGAACACAAAGGGAAAAAGAGCUCUGGUAAAGGAGAGCUGAUGACGGAUGAAACCAGAGCCAGGCCCUGACAUGGCUGAGCGCCAGUGGUGGUGUUAACCCAUUGCAGUCACCUCUGGUGCCAGCAGGGGCUGCCUGAAGUCCCACAUUGCUCUUGUUUCCUUCCAGAGCCUUGUAUCUCCUGGUUGCUUUUGUCCUCUCUUGAUCCCCUUCACCAACUCCUGAUCCUCAUCAUCCCAUUGUGGUCCCCACCAUCCUCUCAUCAUCCCUACCAUCCCUAUUGCACCUCACUGCUCCCUCCCGAUCCUUGUUACCUUCCUAAUUCCCAUUGCAUCCUCCUGGUCCCUGCUGUUACCUCCUGGUCCCCACCGAUCUUUUUUGGGCUCUGUCAUCUUCUCCUGGUCAUUAUCAGAUCAUCUCCCUAUCCUAUGGUCCCAUUCCAGUCCCCAUCAAACCUUUCUGGUCCCCAUCACUCCCUCCUGAUGCUUGUCCCCUAUUGGUCUCUGCCAUAUUCUCCCAGUCCCCACAGCACCUUCCUGGUGCCUUCCACUCCCUCCUGGUCCCCAGUGGGACCUCCUGGGCUCCAAUGUCUCCUUGUGAUCCCCAUUACGCUCUCCUGAUCUUUGUUGUCAUCUCCUAGUUGCCCCAACCAGUUCCCAAACUCCACCCUCCCCACCUGGUCCCCUCCUGGUUCCUACAACCUUCUUGUCCCCAGCCAUGCUGUCCCCUGACUGCAGCACAUCCAUUUGCUCCCUGUGGCUGGUGGGAUUAGUGCAGCCAGAACCCAACGACGGGUCUCAAGACUGCCAGCAGCAUCUUGGGGAACAAGAUGGAGCCAUGGACUGGGACACGGGAAUGAGAUGCUGGGAUGGAGGAUGCUGCUGAUGGAGUGGAAGGAUGCUGCAUUUGGGAUGGGGUGAUGGUGGCAGUGGGAUGGAGGAUGCUGCAGUUGAGAUGGGCUGAUGCUGCAUGUAGAGGUGAUGGAGUGAAGCUGCAGACACUAAAGAUUAAGACGGUGACAAACAGGCGGCUGCUUACACAGCGCCCGCGCUAAUCUGCCUUGAAGAGAGCACAGCCACAGCCCCAUCCUGCAGAGCGGGGACAGGGACAGCCCGGCAUGGCUGCGUCGCCGGAGGGGUCGGUGGUGAGCGCCGGGCUGGAGGACAGCCCCUCGGGACUGAGCCCAGCCCCUGGCAAGGCGCUGAGUCCCGUGCUGCUGUGCAAAGUGUGCGGGGACACCAGCAGUGGGAAGCACUAUGGCAUCUAUGCCUGCAACGGCUGCAGCGGCUUCUUCAAGCGCAGCGUCCGCAGGAAGCUCAUCUACAGGUGCCAGGCAGGGACAGGGCUGUGCCCAGUGGACAAGGCACACCGCAACCAGUGCCAGGCAUGCCGGCUCAAGAAGUGCCUACAAGCUGGCAUGAACAAGGAUGCUGUGCAGAAUGAACGCCAGCCCCGGAGCACAGCCCAGGUCCGGCUAGACAGUAUUGAGCUGGAUGCCGAGCUGCCCCCAGAGCACGUGGCUGCCACGCGUGAUGUCCCCCCAGUUCCCUGCCCGGCCCCCCGUGGCCCCGGGGCUACUGCUGCCACUGCUGCCAUCCCCCGCACGCCCACACCGCCCACCAACCACCGCUUCAUGGCUAGCCUGAUGACGGCCGAGACCUGUGCCAAGCUGGAGCCUGAAGAUGUUGAUGAGACAGUAGAUGUGACGGGUGGUGAGCCUGAGCGGGCAGGCGGUGAGUACCAGGUGGCCCCAUACCCAGCAGCUGGUCCCGAAAAUGUCUACGAGACCUCGGCACGUCUCCUCUUCAUGGCUGUCAAGUGGGCAAAGAACCUGCCUGUCUUCUCCAAUCUGCCCUUCCGGGACCAGGUGAUCCUGCUGGAGGAGGCGUGGAGCGAGCUGUUCCUGCUCUGUGCCAUCCAGUGGUCCAUGCCCCUGGAGAGCUGCCCGCUGCUGGCCAUCCCCGAGCCGUCCCCCGGCAAGCUGCUGCCAGCUGCUGUGGACGUGCGGGCACUGCAGGAGACCCUGGGGCGCUUCAAAGCAUUGGCAGUCGAUCCCACCGAAUUUGCCUGCAUGAAGGCCGUGGUGCUCUUCAAGCCAGAGACCCGCGGCCUGAAGGACCCUGAGCAAGUGGAGAACCUGCAGGACCAGUCGCAGGUGAUGCUGGGCCAGCACAACCGCUCCCACUACCCUGGGCAGCCCGUCAGGUUUGGGAAGCUGCUGCUGCUCCUGCCGGCGCUGCGCUUCCUCUCUUCUGAGCGCGUCGAGCUGCUCUUCUUCCGCCGUACCAUCGGCAACACCCCCAUGGAGAAGCUGCUCUGCGACAUGUUCAAGAACUGACCCUCCCUGUUGUCACCUGGCUGCUGCUCGGUGUCUUCUGGGAUACCCCGGCUGUUUGUCCCUCUGUGCUGGCACUCUGUCACCCCCGGCUCUCCUCAGGGUGUGGAUGUCCCCAGGCCAGCAGCCAAGUCCUUGGGGUGCUCCCAAGUGGUGCAGGAGGCUGGGUGGCAGGGGGACAUCUCCAGGGUGGCACCAGGAGGGCCUCACGGGAUGGGCACCUCGAUGGGUGCUGCUGUCCCCAACCCAACCCUGAGCAUUGCCUGGACAUGGUGUCAGCAGCACCCCAAACCAGGGACAUGACACCAGCCUGGGGGAGGCACUGGUGGGGGACACGUGGGGACAAGAGCUGUGUCAUCCCAUCCCAGGGGGCUUGCAGCCAGCCCCGUUUUGUACUCCGAAUAAAGAGGGCUUUUGCAGACAGCCUCCUCGUGCCCUUCUCUCACAUUCUGGCACUGGGGACACUGGGGACAUGGGGCCAGAAUAGCCAGCUGAAAAUCAGAUCUCCAGCUCCAAAAAGAGAGCCAAGAAGUAACAGCCACCUGCAGACCCAAAACCCAGAGGUGAUAUUAUCCCCCUUGGUGGCGCGUCCCCAAGGCGCAACCCCCCACGUGCCCCCAAAGACAUCACCCAGCGCUCCUCUUACAGCUCUUUAAUAAGCAAGGGCUUCACUCGGCCGCUUCGUACAGCCACACAGAACACGCCGGAGAAAUAUUACACAGAAUUGCACUUUAUACAGAACAACGGCCUCGUUGCAGGAAGGAAGGGAGCAACAUUAAUUAACAAAUUAAUGAGAACGCGCAGACGCGACGCGACAGCUCGACGGCUGCCCGCGGCGCUGGGCAGAGAUAGAUCAUUCUCCUUUAUAUAAUUACACUUUUUCUUUUUUUUAACUUUUUAAAUUUUUUUUUUUAAACAGGGAAAAUUCAUAGAGAGCGUGACACAGGAUAAUAUAUCCUCUUACAAUACAUACUUCUGUGGGUUUGGUUUUUUUUUUUUUUUUUUUUUUUCCUUUUUAACUUACACUC